GUCUAGUCUACGAUCGUCGUCGGGUCUGCUUCUUCUUCCAUACUAGUGGGUCACUCGUUUCUAUACCCGUGAAAAAAACCCUAGCUCGCAAAUAUGACGAACCUCUCGAGAUCCGUCGCAUUGAUCUCACUAUUUCUUCUCCCAUUGCUCAGCUUCUCUUUCUCCGUCGACAAUCCGACGGAUCGGCGGGUUCUGGUUCUUCUCGACGAUCUAUCACUCAAAUCCUCUCAUUCCAUCUUCUUCAACACUCUAAAAUCCCGCGGAUUCGAUCUCGAUUUCAAGCUAGCGGAAGAUUCGAAGCUCGCGCUUCAACGGUACGGCCAGUACUUGUACGACGGGCUCAUCAUUUUCGCCCCGUCCACAGAGCGGUUUGGAGGAUCGUUGGAUUCGAAAUCCAUAGCUGAUUUCGUUGAUUCGGGUCGUGACUUGAUCUUAUCGGCGGAUACUUCUGCUUCUGAUCUGAUUCGGGGGAUUGCCUUGGAGUGUGGGGUUGAUUUUGAUGAGGAUUCUUCGGCGAUGGUUAUUGAUCACUCCAGCUUCUCUGUCUCCGAUGUUGAUGGAGACCACACCUUGAUUGCUGCUGACGAUUUAGUUAAAUCAAAUGUCAUUGUAGGAAAAACCAAGAUCGAGGCUCCUGUGCUCUUCAGAGGGGUUGCACAUUCAUUGAACCCUACCAACAAUCUGGUUUUGAAAGUUCUUUCAGCUUCUCCCUCAGCUUAUUCUGCUAACCCGAGCUCGAAGUUGUCGAGUCCCCCUCAGCUCACUGGGUCUGCUAUUUCGCUAGUGUCGGUCAUGCAGGCCAGGAACAAUGCUAGGGUUGUGAUCUCAGGCUCGUUGCAGAUGUUUAGCGACAAGUUAUUCAGAUCUGGUGUCCAGAAAGCUGGGAGUCCGAACAAGUAUGAAAAAUCUGGCAACGAACAGUUCGUGACUGAACUAAGCAAAUGGGUCUUCCACGAAAGAGGGCAUUUGAAGGCUGGUAGUCUAGUACACCACAGGGUUGGAGAAACAGAUGAACCAGCAAUAUACAGGAUAAAGGAUGACCUGGAAUUUUCGGUUGAGAUACUGGAGUGGUCAGGGAAGAGCUGGGAACCGUAUGUAGCUGAUGAUGUGCAGGUUCAGUUUUACAUGAUGAGCCCAUAUGUUCUGAAAACCUUGUCAACAGACAUGAAGGGUCUAUUUCAUACAUCAUUCAAGGUUCCUGAUGUGUAUGGUGUAUUCCAGUUCAAGGUUGAAUAUGAAAAGCUAGGCUACACUACAUUAUCUCUUUCAAAGCAGAUUCCUGUGAGGCCUUACAGACACAAUGAGUAUGAGAGAUUUAUCCCAACUGCGUAUCCUUAUUAUGGAGCCUGCUUUACCACUAUGGCUGGUUUCUUUGUCUUCAGCUUCGUCUACCUCUACCAUAAGUAGAAAAUCCCUUGAACGGUUCUCCAGUCGAAUAGAGAAAAAUAAAGCCUUACUUUCAUAUUUAGACGAGAGAACAAAACAUUUGAAUCUUGUCUUGUCUUUUUGCCAACAAGCAUUAGUGAACACUUGCAACCUUUUUUGUUGACAAGAUAUUUUUAAGUGAACCUGACUUUACACCCCGUU